AUCGCGUAUAAGCGCACGUGACGCGCUGGAGUCGCAGGCGGAGUGCUGCAUCAGUGAGCGGGGACUAUGGAGCUGAAGAUGCGGUUAUGUGUGGCGCUGCUCUCUCUGAGUCUGUGUCUGGGCCUCAUGGUGAGGGCACAGGAGGAGGCCGAUGACAUGGAGAUGGACGUGGAAGAUGCCAUCGAUGACAUGCAAGAGGAAGAUGUUGAGGAAGAAAAAGCCCCCAGUCCCCCGCCAGUGCCCACGGUGACGUAUAAAGCUCCAGAGCCGAUGGGAGAGCACUACUUUGCCGAGUCAUUUGAUAAAGGAACACUUCAGGGAUGGGUUUUAUCCCAGGCCAAGAAAGAGGGCAUUGAUGAGGACAUUGCAAAGUAUGAUGGUAAGUGGGAGGUUGAGGAGAUGAAGGACACUAAACUCCCGGGUGAUAAAGGUCUGGUGUUGAAAUCUAAAGCUAAGCAUCACGCCGUCUCUGCUCUCCUACUGCGACCUUUCACCUUUGACACCAAACCACUCAUCGUCCAGUAUGAGGUGAACUUCCAGACUGGCAUUGACUGUGGCGGCGCUUAUGUUAAACUGCUGUCUCAAACCCCUGAUCUUGACUUGGAGGAGUUUGUGGAUAAGACUCCGUACACCAUCAUGUUUGGGCCUGAUAAGUGUGGUGAGGAUUACAAACUGCACUUCAUCUUUAGACACAAGAACCCAAAAACCGGCGAGUUUGAGGAGAAGCAUGCUAAGAAGCCCGACGCGGACCUGCGCACAUACUACACAGACAAGAAGACUCACCUCUUCACACUGGUGCUGAACCCUGAUAACAGUUUUGAGAUCCUGAUCGACCAGACAGUGGUGAACAGCGGCAGUCUCUUGAAUGAUAUGACUCCCCCCAUCAACCCCCCGGCCGAGAUCGAGGACCCCGAUGACCACAAACCAGAGGACUGGGAUGAGAGACCCAAGAUCCAGGACCCAGAUUCCGUCAAACCCGAGGACUGGGAUGAAGAUGCUCCUGCUAAGAUUCCUGAUGAAGAUGCUGUGAAACCUGACGGCUGGUUGGACGAUGAGCCAGAGUACAUCGGUGACCCCGAUGCCCUUAAGCCAGACGACUGGGAUGAGGAUAUGGACGGCGCGUGGGAAGCACCUCAGAUCCCCAAUCCCGUCUGUGAAACGGCCCCCGGCUGCGGCCCAUGGGAGAGACCAGUGAUCGACAACCCCAACUACAAGGGCAAGUGGAAGCCACCAAUGAUUGACAACCCUAAUUAUCAGGGAGUGUGGAAGCCCAGGAAGAUCCCUAACCCAGACUUCUUUGAGGACCUGCACCCGUUCCGUAUGACUCCAUUCAGCGCCGUCGGUCUGGAGCUCUGGUCCAUGUCCGCUGAUAUCUUCUUUGACAACUUCUUCGUCACCUCUGAUCGUAAUGUGGCCGAGCGAUGGGCGGCUGACGGGUGGGGUCUGAAGAAAGCAGCUGAGGGAGCCGCUGAGCCCGGUCUGGUGAAUCAGAUGAUAACAGCUGCUGAAGAGAGACCCUGGCUCUGGAUCGUCUAUGUCCUGACUGUGGCUCUGCCUCUGGUGCUCAUCAUUGUCUUCUGCUGCACUGGAAAGAAGAGCCCAGCGUCCACAUCUGCUGCUGAGUACAAGAAGACAGACGCACCACAGCCAGAUGUGAAGGAGGAAGCUGAGGAAGAGGAAGCUGAGGAAGAGGACGCUAAGGAAGAAGAAUCAGAAGCAAAGAAGAGUGAGGAAGAGGACUCCUCGGGAGAAGCAGAGGAGGCCGCAGGGAGCGACAACAAAGACGACGAUACAUCUAAUGAGAAAUCCGAGGAUGACAUUCUGAGAAGGUCUCCCAGAAACCGGAAACUGAGAAAGGACUAAUGGACUUUCUGAAUCUGUUGAAAGUGCAAAAGUUCCUCUCCUCCAGCAUAUCCCAACAUCCCUCUCCAUCUUUCCUCCCCUCACUCCCACGUUCCCUCCUUCCCCGUUCUUCUUCUCCAUCCUUGCCGCCGUGAUGACGGUCAGAACGAAGCGGUGCGGUCCGCCACUCGACCAACAGCCAAACGAACACCUCCUCAAGCGGCCUUGAGGAUGUUGAUGGUUACCACGGUGAUGAUGGCUCUCAAAUAGCAUAGCAACUUUCCCCCUAACUAAAAAGGAAACGCAAUCUUUGUUACCAUUCCUGAACUGUGCAUCUGACGAUCGCAUAAAGAUCCUGUUCCUACUCUCAGCUGUCACACACACUUCCAGACAGUGUUCCUGAAGCCUAACACAUGACCACAGUAUGGCACACUUGGUAUUGUAAGGUUUACAGGCCAACAGCUUUAUUCCUUUGUUCUAGAAUUACUCAAGAAGCCAUAGGCGAUUGAUUGGAUAUAUUCAUUAUAAACUACAAGAUUUGCCACUUGAUUGCUUGGAUAUAUAAACCUAGGUUUUAACACAUAAAUGAGAUGUUUUCAUUAUUUUCUAUUCUGUGAGGUUCAGCAUUUUGUCGUGGCAUGGACUGGGCGUCCAGUAAAAGGCCAAACCUGGACCGUAACGCAGCCUGAUGUGGUGCAUGCGCUCAGUAAGGUGUCCAGGGAGAAUGCCAGGUAGAUCCAUAGGUUCUAGUGUACUGCCUUACUUGUAGCACACAAGAUUUGCUAAUAUUUUUUCUGUGAAUGUACUGUGAGUUUUGUCUAAUGUUUUUUUUUUUUUCUUUCUUCGUUUGUUUUUGCUAUUCAAAUGGACUUUUUACUAAAUCAUGGAUUGCUGUACAAAUGUGUUUUCUGAUGUAGAUUCUAACCUGUUCAGCCCAAUAACAGGACGAUUGACAGUUUUUACUCUGAAAGUUUUACUUUCUUGCCCUCGUUGCGUUAUUUGUCUGAUCGUAACCGUUGAACCGUUUUAACUUUUCUCACUGUGAUGUCAUAUCCUGUCCAGCCAAUAUUAGCAGCAGUAGCAGCUUCUCAUUCGAUUGAACCCAUCAUGUUCACACCACAUUAGAACGAGGACUAAGUGACCGUUUAAUCGAAGAUAUUUCCAAUUCAAACUUUAUAAUUCCAUUUUUUUUCCAUAUUACACUAACAAGAAUGUGCUUAAAUAGGCUUCAGUUUUUAAUGUAAAAUGUAUGGUUUUCUUUUGCAUUUCUGGUGAAAUGUUGUUGUUUUUUUUGUUUUUUUACAAGUAAAUUUAAUGAGUCACCUUUGAAGACUCGGUUUUCUAGUAAGUGUCACUCAAAGAGAAAACAUGAAAAAAAGAGCAAUGUCCUGGGUGUAAAGCAAGCUGUUGAAGUCAUUUCCUCAACCAUGUCACAUUGACUCCGCCCCUAAAUACUUUGACCCCAAAGAUAUGAAAAAGGCACUAUUAGGGGCUUACCCUGAUCUAAAGUAAACUAGUGUAUGUAGUGUUGCUAGUAUUCUUAAAGUUACUUUAUACUCUCAAUAUGGCAAACCGGACUCCUCUGUUCCUAUUCCAUCGAAGCAGUCUGGCGAGAUGCCAUAACAUGAGCUCUACCCCAAGACUAAUGAAGAGUUGGCACUUUCAAAGGUAACUGAGAACAAAAAAAAAAUCACACAUCUAGGCCAAUAUUUGCUGCUCUGCUCUUAAUAUCUCAUUUUGCUUUCUCUGAUGGGCAUCAUCUCCAACUGUAAAUGUCCUGUCUGCACAUCUGUGUUUUGGGCUGUUUUUGUCGUCUUUCUUUUCUUUGUCUUUUGGAUUACCAUUAUUUCACAAAUGUAGGUAAUGAUUAGUGUGGAUGCAUAGAAGGAUGGAAAAGUGUUGGAUUGAGUGAUUUACUGGCAUCAUUGAAGUUGUGAAACUGAGAUCAUGAGUCUGUGAUGAUUCUGGUCUUGCUGGGAGGGUUUGGGAGAAAUCCAUCGUGUUACUCACAAACUAAAAUAAAAUAAUGAUUUGAUGAACGAU